CCGGCCGGUUCGGGUCGCGGUGCACCGCUCGGGCCGGCAUGGAGGAGCAGGUCGGUUCCCAGCCGACUCCUGGCGGCAGUGGUGCGGAGGCUGGCGGCGCUGGCGGCGCUGGCGGCACUGGUGGCGGUGCUCACCCGUGGGCUCCCGAAGAUGCCUGGAUGGCCACGCACCCCAAGUACUUAGAAAUGAUGGAAUUAGACAUAGGAGAUGCCACUCAAGUUUAUAUUGCAUUCUUGGUUUACCUGGACCUCAUGGAGAGUAAAAGUUGGCAUGAAGUCAAUUGUGUGGGAUUACCAGAACUACAGCUCAUCUGUCUUGUUGGUGCUGAAAUAGAAGGGGAAGGGUUACAGACUGUGGUGCCUACUCCCAUCUCUGCUUCUCUUAGCCAUAACAGGAUUCGGGAAAUCCUGAAGGCAUCUCGAAAAUUGCAGGGUGAUCCAGAUCUGCCAAUGUCCUUUACCUUGGCCAUAGUAGAGUCUGACUCAACAAUAGUCUACUAUAAGCUCACUGAUGGAUUUAUGCUGCCAGACCCUCAGAAUAUUUCCCUUAGAAGAUGACAUCUUUGUUUGUCUACACCUUGUGCUCAAAAAGAUUGGAUUUGAGACCCAUCAGCCUGCUCUAGCUUUUAUCACAAGAUAAUCAGGGUGUAGCCUGCCUAUCUCAUAAGUUUCCUUUCUGGAAAAACUCUUCCAGAUAAAACAAUUUGUAUUGUCAGAAAAAUUCAGUAGUUGCUGUAGAGUGUUGUCACUGCAUUUGUAUGCAUGUUGUGGCAGCAUGUGUGCACAGAGGAGAAUCCACACUGACAUCACACACAGCUGCCGCUGUGAGCUUGUUGAAGUCCCCUUCUCUUUCACCUUCUUCAGUCCUGUAGUGCCUUUCAGCCAUUAAAGCCAGCUUGGAAUGGCACUUCACAUGGCCUUAGACACCUGAAGAAUUUACUGCUAUCUGCUUUCAUUCCCAGUAGACAUUGAAGGAUUCUUUCUAUUUGAUUCUUUUCCUGUUGCACUUUCCUCUUCAAUUGACCUUAGAUCAGAACUGAAGACGCUCCUCAAGAGUGUACAUUUACAUGUGUGGAUUAGUCUGGACCUCUGAUUGCUACCUUCAGGUAUACUGAGCCUUCUGCCCAACUACCAUCCUUUUUAUAGCUACACUACUGCACGUGAUAGAAUGGAAGACAAUGCCACCCCUAAAAAUGUCUUUAUUAACUAGACCCAAUCAUUCCAUUUUUUAAUCCUCCAGUUAUGUUGUACAAAGUAUAAAAACUAUAUGCUCAAACGUUCUCCAACUAGCAUUACUUUUAAUAGUCCAAAUUGUGAGCUGCUUAAAAGAUUAGGUCAGGAAUUUACACACUUUCUUAAAGGGCCAGACAAUAAAUAUUUAGCCCUUGCAGGCCAUCCUGUGUGUCAUAAUGGCCCAGCAUUGCUAUUUGCAGCAUGAAAAUAUUCAUAGACAAUAUGUCAACAAUGAUCCAGGCUGUGUGACAGCAAAUUAAAGCUUUAUUGACAAAAGUUGACCAUCACCAUCCCUUGUCUAAGAAGUUAAUAAACCUAUCUGGGUAGUGGGCAGUACACUGUGUACUCAUUAAAAAUGAGGAGUGACUGUUAUGACAAACUUGAGAAAAUGUUUUGGUGAAAACAUUGUGAACUAAGAAAGUAUAAGUGAAUGUGAAUGUGGCUGCAAAUAACCCCAGCAUGUAACAAGAGGAUGAUAAAGCAAGAUUAUUACCUGUGGUUAUAGUAGCAAGUGUGGCAGGGUAAAUAAAUAGGUGGCUUUCCUUCCCCAGUAUUCCCGUUUUUAUUUGUAUUUUCUAAUAAAAUGUUAUAAAAUAAAAAGUGCCCUGAAU